GGCAUUAAGGCAAGAGCAAUUCGCCGCGAGUUAGUACUUCCCCGACAAAAAGUAGUGCAAUAGUGAAAAUCAAAGAGACAAUAACAUAAAACAAUUACCCAGGAAGCUACUCUCUUAAAAAGUUAAUAAGUUCCAUGUAUACAUAUUUUUCUUACCUAUCUCCUUAUGUUUAGUUUUAUUUAUUUAUUAUUAUUAUUGACGAGCUCCAUGUAUAGUUUUUAUGAGAUGAAAAUGCUCUUGUAUUAUUGCAUAUUCAUUGUAAUUAAAUUAGUUUAUAAGAGAAUGAGUUAAUUACAUCGAUUGGAUUUCAUUAAUUUAGAGUGUUUGGCUCUGGUUGAACUAAUUUUUUUUUAAUUUUGAAUUUUUUAAUUUUUUUAGAUUAUUUUGAUAUAUUAAUGUAAAAAUUAAAUUUAAAAAAUAAUAAAAAAUUAUUUUUAAAUAAAAUUAUUUUAAAAAAACAAUAUUUAUUUUAAACAAUCCCUUGGUACCAACUUGCUGUUUUAAGAAGUAAAUUAAAAUUAAUAAUAAAAAAAAAGAUAGCACAUUCCGAAGCAAAUCCAUUCUUCUCCCUGGCGAAUGAUAGACUUUGUUAGCAUAGUAAAAAAAAAAAAAUCAUUUAUUGUUUUUUAAAAUAUUUUUUAUUUUAAAAAAUAAUUAAUCUUUUUAUUUUAAAUUUUAUUUUUAAUAUUAAUAAUUCAACUUAAAACAUAGAAAGUAAAGUAAAAUAAAAUAAAAUAUUUUUAAAAAACUCGUUUAAAACACAAAAUAACCGUUAUAGAAAACACCAAGUAGUUUAUUAGAACCGUCAAGUCGUCGUUAUGUAGAAACGAAAGAAAAAACGACAGGUCAUUUGCAGUCCGGCUUUGAAAUUCUCUUAAGCGAAACCCCUGUGCUUCACUUGGUUCCAGUUUGUGCAGGAAGGACGGACAUGAGAGGGCUUUCAUUCUUUAGCUUCUAGAUGAUCGCCUGAACUCAUUAACCUCCCUAAAUCUAAAAAAUCAUUCAAUCAGUCAAAGUUCCCCGACACAAAAGAAACCUCUCAAAACCCAAAACUGAUCAACUUCAAAGGCAAACCAACAACACUGAUGCUACUUUGACAGGUAAUAAUAGUCUUUCUUCAUUAAUCUCUCAGCUUAAAAAACCCAACUCGGUUUCCAGUCCCAAAAGGUUAUUUCAUAGAAAAGGAGCCUGCCUCGUGGAGAUUGGCUUGCGAUACAUUAUUCCGCUGCCUGUCAGAGAAGUGUAUGCCAAGAGAGGCAGGUGCAUUAUCGAGGAAACUUGGGGAGGGAGGUUACUUGCCUGACAUUUCGACGUUUAACAUCCCAGUGACUUGUUUGUUAAAGGGUUUGGAUGUCAAUGAGACGUGUGGGAUGUUGGAUAGAUUUAUUGAGCAGGGUGCGAAGUUGGGGUUUAGCAUUUACCUUGAAUUGAUUGAAACUUUGUACAAGGCAGGAAGAGGUAUGGAGGGUGAUCCGUAAUAGAAUCAAAUGGUCAAAGAUGGACUUGUGUCAGAUGUCUUUUCUUAUAACAUGCCAAUUGAUUGCUUCUGCAAAGCCAAUGUGAUGAACGAGGCAGCAAAGGCUUUCAAAGUGAUGCAAGAUAGAGGUUGAUGAUGCUUUAGGCUGUUUCAGUGAAAUGGUGGAGUGGGGUAUCUCUCUUAAUGCUGUCACGCACAAUAUAUUGAUUCGUUCUCUGUGUGUUAGAGGGGAUGCUGCUAGAUCAAUGAAACUCUUGUUAGACAUGCAAAAACAUGGAAAAAGCCUGGAUAUUUUAUCUGCAUUUCUUGUUGGGGUGUCUAUAUUCUGCUGCAACCUAGGGAAGGCAGAUGAAGAUGGGCCUCAAACAGGCACAGGAAUUGCUGGCGGUAUGCCUCAAACAGGCACAGGCAUUGUAGAUGGUGAUCCGGCUGAAGUUGUUGCAAAAGCUUUGCUAUGUUUCAACAAUAAAUAUGUUUAUAAUUUCCUUCACUUCACUCCGCUACUGGGUUAAGUACUUACGUUUCUGGGAGCAGUCUCUGGUGUGGCCUUUCUUAGGCCUUGGUCUUUGUUCAUUUUCUCUUUAGCACCAAAAGAGUUAUCAUGUGAAACGUUUGAUCUUUAGUCAAAAUAUUCUUUCAUGCUUCUUACAAAUUGCUUUGGCAUUGAUUUUUGCCAAGUCCCGGAUAUACAGCAGCUGUCAAGAAGCCUAUAGAUUGACCUAGACUGGUAACCUUGACGUGCUUCCUGAAUAUGUUGAUCCCUACUGCAGCGGACCGUGCCUUUCAGAGACACAUUUGGUGCUCAACUGCAUCGAAAACAUCACGAAAAACUUUGUUUUCUAUAAUAAAGCCACCAUAGAGAGGAUGUUCGAGACACAAUCAAGGCAGGAUGUAGCUAUGGUCCCGAAAGAGGUAUUUUACUAGUUUAUGAAGUUGUCAUCUUGCUUUGGUUUCUUCCACAAAGUCAAAUUCUGGUGUUGGUGUCACCCAAGUAAUUUUGACGUGUCUGAGCACCUUCAAGCUGAACAAAACAAUGCAUACAACACCGCGAAUCAGAUUCUGCUAGGACUUGGCUUCAUGUUUGCUGGGCCUGCGUUAUUGCUUUGAUAUUUAUUAUGAUGUCUGCAAUUUGUGGUUGGAGGUUUCUUGUUUUCAGAGGGAUAUCUCCCAGUUGAGAUGUUCUGAGAGAGGAGACGAGCGUUAUUUUUCGCUAGCUUGAAGUUAAUGUUCACAUUUUGGCACUCAGAAAGAAAAUAACAAGUUAUAUUUGUGUCCUGGUAUGUAAUAGCAAAA